AUGUCUAUGAAGACUCUCUUGCCGUUGCUCGCGCUCACCGGCGCGGGCAUGGGCUGGCAGCACAAGACCGAAACCGAAGUUCGUGAUGCCCUCAAGGCGAACGAGCACAGCCUAAUAGCAUUUGUUGCGCCCUCAAUCGAUGCCAGCAUAGCCCUCGAAAGGCACUGGUCCGCAGUCGAGGACGCCAUCCCGACCGCCCUUUCGGUAGACUGCUCGAUAUCAGCCUCGCUCUGCGCCGACUUCGACGUCGCUUCCUACCCCGCUAUCCGCCUCUACCGCCAAGACGGCACGAAGCACCACUACCGCGGCCCCAGAAAGGCCUCUGAAAUCACCGCCUUCGUCCGCCGCAUGCUCCGCCCCGCCGUCGUCCCCCUCGACAGCAAGGCCGCGAAAUCCUUCAACAAGGAUGACGACGUGGUGCUGAUUGCGCACAUGGCUGAGUCCGAGACCAGCCUACGCGAGCGCUUCGCCGAGAUGGCCGACCGAUAUCGCGACCGCUACGCCUUUGGGCUGACGACCAUUGACGAGGCGCCCGGGCGGAUCGCGUGCUAUAACAACGCCGACGGGGCGUUCCACAUGACGUCUGAGUUGGACGAGGUCGACUCAAUGGAGAAGAUGCUGAAGAAGUGCGCGUCGCAGCUCGUGCCGCGGUUGACGAGGAGGAACGAGGCCGAGUAUCUUGGCUCUGGCAAGUCGUUGACGUACUUCUUCUCCACGGACGAAGGGAGCAUGGACUCGUGGACAUCGGCCGUGAAGCCCAUGGCGAAACAGUACCACGAGUACAUCACCUUCGUGACGGUCGAUCUCGGCGAGUACCCCGAUAUGCCCGCGCUCUUCGGCCUGCCAGCGGAUGCCACCGAGGGUGUGGCAGUCUAUAACCCGGCUGUGGGCCUGGCGUUCCCGUUUAAGGGCGGCAAGAUCACGGUCGACGCCGUUGCGCAGCACAUUGCCGACAUCUCUGAGGGCAACGCCGACGCCUGGCAAGUAGGCGAGUCGACUGCAGAUGAGGAGAUUGUGGAGCAGGUCAUGGAGGAGGUCCCGGUGGAGGGACAGGCAGGGGUGCAAGACGGUUCCAAGGCGGAGGCCGAGGAGGUCAAGGAGACUGAGGAAGAGAAGGUCAAGAUCCACGACGAGCUCUGA